GGGAUUGCUGUCAAACGUCAAUAUACAGCUGUUCUUUCACGGUUUGUUUUAUCGUUUACAUUUCACUAAAAUAAAACAAUUGAUGUUUCAAUUAAAAUUUAGAUAAUUAUAAUAAAAAUUAUAAAAUAUCGUAUAGGUUUUAAACAAGUGCAAAAAAUACAGUCUCCCUUUUUCUCACUCUUAUUCUUGUUAAUAAUGUCUGAUGAUGCUGAGCAGCAGGCUGAGGAAGUUGAGGUUUUAAAAUCUAUUUAUGAAGGAGAUGAUAAUUUCAAGCAGUUAAAUGAUAAAACUUAUCAAUAUAAGUAUAAAGACGGUGAGAAAUCCUUCAUUGUUGAGAUAUCCUGGGGACCCACUUAUCCAACGGAGAAACCUAAUUUUAAUCUGGAAAUAUUCUACAAUCAACACUUACUGCCAUCAGUGAAAGAGAACAUUUUAAAUUUAUUAAAUGCAGAAGCUGAUCAGUGGAUUGGCUGUGCUAUGACAUAUACACUGUUUGAAUACCUCAAGGAGAAAGUUUCGGAAAUAUUGGCGGAACAGACUGAUGAGGUUAUAACUGCUAGAGUUGAAAAGAUUGCAAUCUGUGAUCCUGAUCCUGCGGAUACAAAGAAACCAGAAAAGAAAGAACAGUUAAGCAAAGCACAGAAGAGGAGGGCGUGGGACCGCGCGGAAAUGGGUCGUGGGGGGGAGAAACCGCGCGGGUGGGAUUGGGUCGACAUCGUCAAACACCUCUCACAAGCCCCACAUGUGCAGCCCUCUUGACACUUAACGGGGUAAGGGGCAUGGGGCAAAUAGGGGCAGUUUACGACAUUAUGGAAACGCGAGGCAAUAUUGACAGAAGAAUUUUUGUUUGAGAGAUUUUCUGUUUGAUAUCACGAGGAUGUAUUAUAGAAAUUAAAUACAGUUCAGUAUGUUUUUUA